GAGAGAGAAAGUAGAGAGGGAUUUGAAAUGAAGGAUGAGUAAAGCAAAAACCAUCUUUUUCAUUGUGGGGUUUUCGUAAAACUCAAAAUUUAAAAAAUAAAAGAAAAUGAGAGAAGAGAAAGAAAAAGAAAGAGGCUCAUUUCCUCCACAGUGAGACACAAAAAGGGAAGAACAAGGAGAAGAGAGAAAGAAGAACAUAAAAGACAAAGGAGCCAAAUGCUGCUGCCCUUUUGAACUCUAAAUUGGAGGAUCGCUUCACGCAAUCCAAGAUCUCGGUCAUCCAUAUCUGCCCUUCACAUUCAAUUCAACACUCCUUCCACAUUUCCACUCCAAAUUUUCAAUUUUUGUUGAUUAUGGUUGGUUCCAAAUGGAAACGAAGUUGAAGAUUGCGUUUGCUUACGUGAAAUGAUCCGAAGAGUGGUAGAGUGUAGUGCUACAUUCAAUAAAGAAAAAUGAAGUCUGACACGCCUCUUGAUUAUGCACUACUCCAAUUGUCUCCAAGGCGUUCAAGAUGUGAGUUGCUUGUUUCAAGUGGUGGAAACACUGAGAAACUAGCAUCAGGGCUGGUAAAGCCAUUUUUGACCCAUUUAAAGGUUGCAGAAGAGCAGGCUGCUCUAGCUACCCCAUCAAUCAAGCUAGAAAUUGAUAGGCAUAAAAAUGCCGACACGUGGUUUACAAAAGGAACAUUUGAGAGGUUUGUGCGGUUUGUCAGUGCGCCAGAGGUUUUGGAAAUGGUCAAUACCUUUGAUGCAGAGAUGUCCCAAUUGGAAGCAGCAAGGAGAAUAUAUUCUCAGGGGGCAGGAGAUCAGCGUUCAGAUCCACAAGGUGGGAAUGGAGCAGGAGCCAUAGCAGUGGCAGAUGCAACCACAAAGGAAUUGCUAAGGGCAAUUGAUGUACGAUUGAGUGCAGUGAGGCAGGACCUAACGACAGCAUGUGGUCGUGCAUUAGCCUCCGGUUUCAACCCCCACACCGUUUCCCAACUCAAACACUUGGCUGAUCGAUUUGGUGCUCAUCGCUUCAAUGAAGCAUGCACUAAAUACAUGUCACUGUACGAAAGAAGACCGGACCUUAUCAGUCACUGGCCAGGUGGCGAUGACAGGGAACUCCGUUCAUCAGUCAGCUCUGACAUGUCCAUCGACAACGACGACGGGCCCAACCAGGCCCAGGCCCAACCCCAGUCCACAACCGACCCACCUAAGCCCAAGCCCUUUGCCACCUUCGCUUCACUACGACGUAGCAACACCAGCGUGAGCGACGCCAACGACACUCCCGCCAAAGACGAGACCGAGUCUCCGGCGUCGUCCACGGUAACGGCUCCGUCGGCGCGGCGCCUCAGCGUGCAGGACCGGAUCAACCUCUUCGAGAACAAGCAGAAGGAGAAUUCCUCCGGGAAGCUGCCGGAGCUCCGGCGCCUCUCCUCCGACGUGUUGCGGCGCUGGAGCGGCGCCAGCGACAUGAGCAUCGACGUUAGCGGCGAGAAGAAGGACUCCUCCGACAGCCCCUUGCCUUCGUCCGCGUCGUCCAAGUCCCUCGCCGUUUCUGAAGACAAGGAUCGGAGCGACAAAUCGGAGAAGGGUGCGAUAACCGAUCAAGGGUCUUCUCAGGAGACGGGGAAAGUUUCGGUUUUUGAUGAGGACAAUAACGUGGGGUUUAAGGAUCAGGUGGGUUCUGAGGCUGUUUCAUUGAAGAAGGGUUCGUCCGAGGUUGUUGGUCCCAUGUUGUCUUCUGUGGAUGAUGAUGUAAAGUUUUAUGGUGGGGUGAAAAAUCAUGUUGUUGCACCGUCGCUUAUUAGGGGACCCCGAAGUCAUUCUCGAUCCCUAUCAGCGCAGUUUGAAGGUGGCAAUGGACUCAAAUUUAGGGAUGUUUCUGUUCGUGUUGAUCAAUCUUCACAAAUUGAGGUUGAGGACUCUUCAUCAUUCCCCAACAAGGAGGAGGAUUCCCAAAUCCCAAGAAUGAAGAUCCAGAAACCUGUAGCUGGUAAAAGGGAUGAAACCAGCAAGGGUCCUAAUGAAAUGAACAAGUUGAAACAAGCUUUGGAGACUCGGGAUAAUGCACGUGCAACCUCAACCCCUCCCUUGGAGCAGCAACAUCAGAGGGUGAGGCAGUCUAAAGGGAAUCAGGGGCUACAUGAUGAGCUGAAAAUGAAGGCAGAUGAACUUGAAAAGCUUUUUGCUGAGCAUAAACUUAGGGUUCCUGGGGAUCAGUCUGGUUCUGUGAGGAGAGUUGAGCCGGUGGAUACACAUGUCGAACAGUCACAGUAUAGAAGAGCUGGAGUUGGGGAGUCGACUCCUCAGUUGCCUUCCAGAAGCAAUGUGGUUGAAGUGGCUGCGAGUUCAAGCAAUUCGGCAAGCUUUGAUGCUAAGUCGGUUAUGAAGACGGUGGAUAGUCACAAUUCUGGUGAUGCUUUGAGGCAAAAUUUCUCUGAUCUUAACUUGGGGGAAGAUCCCAGAGGAAAGUUUUAUGAGAAGUAUAUGAAGAAGAGGAAUGCUAAACUUCGAGAAGAUUGGAGUAUGAACCGAGCUGAGAAAGAAGCUAGGAUGAAGGCCAUGCAGGAUAGCCUCGAGAGGAGUAGAGCUGAAAUGAAGGCCAAGUUUUCGGGGUCUGUAAACAGACAAGAUUCAGCAUCAGGUGCUCAUCGCGCCGAGAAACUUAAAUAUUUCAAAUCAAAUGUUAAGAGAGAGCAGCAUCCGAUUGAUUCUCUUCAGAAUGAAGAUGAUGAGGAUCUUUCUGAAUUCUCAGAAGAGAAGACUUAUGGUGCUUCAAGGCAAAGUAGGAAAAAUUUUCCUAACAGACAUAUAUCUUCAGGCACACCUCGUAAAACAGCAGUGUCGAUCUCUCGCUCAUCUGGCAGGCGAAAAGACAACCCUCUUGCUCAGUCUGUUCCAAACUUUUCUGAUUUAAGAAAAGAGAAUACAAAGCCAUCUUCUGGUGUCAGUAAAACAACCCGCUCUCAGGUAAGAACCUAUACACGUAGCAAAAGCACUGCUGAGGAGAUUCAAGGAGUCAAGGAAGAGAAGUCAAGGCAAACUCUGUCUUUACGGAAAAGUUCUGCUAAUCCUGCAGAGUUUAAGGAUUUGUCCCCUUUGAAUUCAGAUGGGAUUGUUUUGUCUCCAUUGAAAUUUGAUAUGGACGAGACUGAUAUGGGUCCUUAUGAUCAAUCACCUAGGUCUUUCCUUAAAAAGGGUAAUAACAUAGGUUCAGGUUCUGUUGGCAAUGCUAUUCGGAUGAAAGCUUCAAUGGCAUCGGAUACUCAGAAAAAUAAAGAAUUCGACGACCUCGAAUUUGAUGAGGAAGAUUCUUUGCAAAUGGCCGUGGAGGAACAGGAUGACAUUGAAACUAUGGCUAUCAAAGAUGUUGCUUAUAAUAAUAAUGGAAAGGUGAGUCUGAGCCAGGAAUCUGGGAAGUCUGGUAAUUCUGGAUCUGAAAUUGGUGAUUCUGCAAGGUCUCUUGCCCAGGUAGACCCUAUUUCAGUGGGUGAAAUGGCUCCUGGGUUUCCAUCAACAUUCAAUGGAGUAAGAUCUCUGCAGGACUCUCCAGUUGGAAGUCCUGUGUCAUGGAAUUCACGUGUGCCUCAUCCUUUUUCAUACCCACAUGAGUCGUCUGACAUUGAUGCUUCUAUAGAUUCUCCAAUUGGAAGCCCUGCAUCUUGGAAUUCUCAUUCUCUUAACCAAGGUGACAAUGAUGCUGCCCGAAUGAGGAAAAAAUGGGGAAGUGCUCAAAAACCAUAUCUUGUUGCUAAUUCAUCCCAAAAUCAACCCCGCAAGGAUGUCACUAAAGGUUUCAAGCGAUUGCUUAAGUUUGGGAGAAAAACUCGUGGAUCAGAGAGUUUGGCUGAUUGGAUCUCUGCUACAACUUCUGAAGGAGAUGAUGACACUGAAGAUGGCCGAGAUCUGGCCAACCGGUCAUCAGAAGACUUGAGGAAGUCAAGAAUGGGAUUUUCUCAUGGCCAUCCUUCUGAUGACAGCUUCAAUGAAAGUGAGCUGUUUAAUGAACAGGUUCAAUCUUUGCAAAGCUCUAUCCCUGCACCUCCUGCUCAUUUUAAACUGAGGGAUGAUCAUAUAUCAGGAAGUUCUUUAAAAGCUCCCAAAUCAUUUUUUUCACUAUCAACUUUCCGAAGCAAGGGUAGUGACUCAAAACCCAGGUGAAAUUUCACUAAGUGGGCGUGACAAGUAAUUUGGAUCAUCUUCAAUGGUAGGGGUGUAAAGGACAAUAUUAAAUAUGAUACAGAAAAGAGAGGUAGGCACGAUACAAUGAUCUAUAUGAAAGAUAUAUGUGAUGGGGUUAUGUAUAUUUUCUUGGACUCAUGAGGUUUUCCCCUAUGAUUUAGUUAGUCAUGGUUGUGUUGAUAUAUGCUGCAUACUGUAGUCAGUGAAGAGUCGCCUAUUGGUGCAGUGUCAUUGUAAUUUUGGCAGUAGUGGCAUUCUUUUGCUCGUUUAUUUUGAUUUACUUGUGUGAUGUAUAUCAAGUUGAACUUCUGUUAGAAUGAAUCAGUACAGUCAGAGUUAAGAAGAGUAAUGUGAUUGCGGAGUAAAAUAGUAGCUUUCAAAAGAUUAUUUCCCUCUCCCCAUGAAAAGAACAAAUAAGAAUGAUUUGCUACUUAUCCUUCUCCA